CUUUAAACGUGAAUGUUAAUGCUUGAAAUGUGACUCUCUUUGUCAAAACGACGCUUUUGUGAUAUGCUACUAUUUGUGUGUCGCUAUAUUUGCUGUAAUGGCUUGUCUUUAAGCUGGGACGUUGCACAAUCAGUGCAUUGUAUUGUUCGACUCGGUUACUCUUUGAAAAUGGUACAGAUACGUUGUAAUUUGAGGUAAACAUAUAAUGGUUCUGUAAUGUUUACCACUGAAAAUGCUGUCGUUGGUUUGAAGUCAUUGGUUACAGAUUUCCUACUUCCAUGGCACAGUAAUUGUAAAUCACUAGCCUUAUCAGUCCAGUAUAAUGCUAAUUUAUCAUUUUUUUAUUUUUUAUUCUGAACAUUUCCAUGUAAAUGUGUCUAAAAUCUCACCUUUUGCUGCCACAUUGGUAGCAAGGGAUGUAAAGGAGCGUCAUUGCAGUUUGUUUUCACUGCAUGCUGUCCAGUACACAGUGAGUGGUAAAGGUUAAUUUUGAGUAAUUCACCUCUGCGCGUCCCAAGAAUGGUGCAUUGUGGGAUAGAACACUGGGUGAAGUGUCAGAAAUGAAUUAACAUCCAUACAUUCUUGUAUAGUGUUGUUCCAUUAAAUAUUUCAGAAAUAUAAUAGUAUCAAGGGACACCCUUCCUUUGCUGUAUUAGAGAAACGAUAAAAUAAUGACAGCUUAAAAUACCAUAAUUUUCAGGAAAAAUCAUAACAUGCCAAAAUAUGGCAGUGAAGAACCUUUUGGUGUUUUUUAAUUCUUUGUUUUAUAGUGGUUUGUUUCACAAAGAUUGUGUUACCAUGGGGUAUGUUAAGAGUUACCAUGGGCUGCCAGAUCCUUGUGGAUUGUUGUAGGCUUUAGCUAACGAUUGAAGUGGUUAACGGUCACUCUCCUGAAUAAUAUCAGACAGAAUAGGAAUCAUUGAUUAGUGCCAACUGAUUAGCUGGUCACACACUACAUCAUCUGAACUGAAUUCCAGUUCCCCUCGACUUUGCAAAAGAUUAAGAGAUCGAGAAUAGAUGAGUGUAAAACCAACGUCCUCCAACAUCUACAGUUGUUUGGGCACUGUUGCAAGUCAGUUGGGGGUGUUCAUCUGGCUUCUACCUAGACAAGGAAAAGACAUUGGGAGAGCUCUGAGAGUUUCCUGGCCAGCAUAUUUGCAGUUAUGCCCCAGAAAUCUGCAUCAUGAUGGACCGAGACACCUUCUCUCAUAUUGGUCUCUGGUGCCCUAGGCCUUUUGGCUCCUACUCCCAAAACAAAGGGGGGAACCUAGGCUCGAAACCAAGCAGCAAAGGUAGUAAUGAGGUUGAUCCCUCCUCUUUGUGCAAGGUUGAGCAUUCUUCGGGACGAGUGAACGUGGAGGAGCAGGAGGAGAAGGAAGUGAAAGAAAAUGUUGGUUUUGAAAACACUCCACCUCCAACUGAGCUUGACACUGGCUUCCUAAUGCAGACCAAUGCCUCUGCACCACCGGUGUCUUCUCCAUUACCAAACUCAUCCGAGCCCCAGAUGGAAGAUGGUCGUGUGCUGUUAGAUACUUGGUAUGUCAUUAAGCCAGGUAACACCAAGGAGAAGAUUGCCUUCUUUGUUGCACACCAAUUCAGCGGAGCAAAUCAGCCAAGACCCUCUGCUGUAAAGGUAAAGGGUAAUUGGGCCACUGAUUGCAGUAAGGCCAAAAGGCGGCGCAGAUGCUCCACCAAUGACACUCCAACACACGCUCAUGCCUCGAAGCCACACCUUAGCCACAACUCCUGUAAUGCACCUUCCAGCUGUGACCAGUCACCAUCACAGAGGGGUAAACAAACUGACCUUUUGUCAGUGGCAGAGAUGAUUGCCCUGGUUGAGCAGCGAACUGCUAUGGCUCUCCAGGGAAUUGUAGCUGCUCAAAGGAACCAACUGGAUCAUAAAUCUUCUACAAAUCAAAAUCAGGGCCUUUCCCCCAAUCAACACACUCUUUUUCAUGGGACAGGUUUAGAUCCCGCAUCCAUGUUAGCUGCGCCAGAGAGCUCAAAUAGCGAUGCAUCCAUUGAGUCAUGGGAUUUGACAGAUAAGGAGAUAGAGGGCCAGCAGGAGUCAUGCAGGGUAGCUAAGGCAAUAGCGCAUUUUGAAGCCCAGAACAUGGAAAAUCAACUUAAUCUGGAUGUUUCUUCGGUGGACUCUGUGGGUCAAGACACAGACAGGGAAAUGGGCACAGUAAGGGAAUCUGGCCCUGUGACCACUUCACCAACAAGCGAAGGUCAUGACGAGGUCAGAAUAGCUUUUAGAGUGUCAAACCUGGACACGAGGUCUCAUUUGGAAUCAGCUAGCCGGUCUCGCUGUGUGUUUAUGAGCUGUGGUAGUGGCGCUAACUAUGCUCCAGCCAGGGCAAAAGAGAAAAUCACGUGUGACCUUUAUCAACUACUUACCCCAUCAUUUAGAGACUCAAACCUGUUGCUUGCUGCCUCAACCUCGGCCUCCAAACUAGAUGAGGAGCAGUCUCAUGUUAACAGGACUGGCUGUGGAAGCCCAGAGAGAAUGCAAGAGCUGCCUUCAGGUGAGAAGAAAGCUGACGGUGUCAGGAGAGACCUAGUGACUGGCUUUCACGUGGAGGUUGUGGUAACAGGUGCAGUAGACCAAUGUGUGUUCUAUGGCAAGGACAGUAAAGAGAAGGUACAGGGUAAGACUGUGUGUUUUGUCAUGCCGAAUGGUGGCGGGAGUGGCAACGGUGUAGAAACCUCCAAUGAGCAUUUGUCAGAUGAUCCCCUCCCUGGACAGCUGUUUCUUCUUCAGCCUCCCCGAGGAGCAGAGGCAGAUGCUAAAGUAAUGGAUCACGGCAGCGGGUCAGGGUUGUGCUCUUUAGACUGUGUCAACAAGACUGGCCCCGUAGUAAUGACAGUUAGCUCUGGGGAAAGGUCAACUCAACCUAACUCUGCAAGCUUUGUGGAGGACUGUUCGGACCCUUCGCUGUGUCGCCUCUACCGCCAUGUUUCACAUGACUUCCUAGAGAUUCGCUUUCAAAUUCAACAGUUGCUUGAACCACGUCAGUACAUGUUGCUGUUGCCUGAUCAUAUCAUGGUCAACAUCUUUAGCUAUCUGCCCACCCAUUCAUUAGCAGCUCUAAAAUGCACCUGCCACUACUUUAAAAUGCUCAUCGAAACAUACGGUGUUCGGGCAGUAGACUCUCGCUGGAAUCAAGAUCCCCUUUACAGGGAUGACCCAUGCAAGCAGUGCAAAAGACAAUACGAAUGUGGGGAUGUUUCCUUGUGUCGUUGGCACCCUAAACCAUACCACCAUGACCUACCUUAUGGACGCUCCUACUGGAUGUGCUGUAGACGUACAGACAAGGACACACCUGGCUGCCGUAUCGGGCUCCAUGAUAACAACUGGGUCCAGCAGCGGGUUGAUGGCUCUGAGUCCAUUUGCACAAAGAGAGAGGACAGGAGGGAGGAAGCACGGUAGAGAGAGGAGUGUAACCUUCACAUAAACACUGUUAUAAACCUGUGUAUCCCACCUCCUUUCUCUCUUGAAUCUGGAAGAAUAUGAGAGGAAAGGAAAGAACUCCAGGACUGUUGUUUUAAAUUGGGACCAGCUGUCCUGAAAAAGGAAGCCAUGUUGCUUUCUUUGCCUUGUUUUUCUUUUGAAGCCUUUGACACAUUUGUCUGGAGUCUAUGGUGAACUCUUCCCAGUUCUUGUUUUAUUUGGUACCUAAAACUUACAUGUCAGCUGUGCAAUUGUAGAGUGGAGUAAGAUGCCAGAGAUGAAAUCUUCAGCAUUGAUAAAAGUGUGAUUGUAUAACAUAAACUUGAUUUUCUGUAACAAAAGAUAAUCUUUUAAAUCCUGUCCUGGUCAACAUCAUUCUCGUUUGUGCAUAUGUUUUUGCCUCUGUUGAUCAUCCCUCUCCAAUGUUGUCCUGUGACGUCUUGAAAACGCGUAAACAUGUGGUCCAUAGUCUUUAUUUUUAGCAUAAUUCUUGGCAUUUGUAUUUAUUUGACAGUGAAGCCACAUGUUGCUGACCAGCCCUAAAGAGUGACCACAGAACUUCUAGAUUACUGAGAGUAAUAGGUUAUAGAGUUCAAUGAUAAGGACUAGAUCGGCCAAUGGGAUUAAGAAAAGAUUAAUUGAAUGUCACUUUGGAAAGGCCUGAUUUACAUUUGUUUGUUUUGACGCUUGUCGUUUAGUUUCUGUUUGGGCAGUUUUAUUUGAGUGUUAAAUAAUGUUUUAUUCAUAAGGAUGAAAGCCUCCUCUCAUCCUCCUCUUGUAUUUUCCCUUUUGACAAAGCUGUCAUGGCUUCAAAACUAACAACUCCAAUUAUCACAGAUCAUGGACUCUCUCUCCACCAGCUUCAAGCCUUAAAUGGACCCUACCUCUGUUUCCAGACUAAGAUGGGGAAUUGCACAUAACCAAAUCAGUAACAGUAUGUCAGAUGUUCCAUAGAAAUGACUUGAUCCACCACGUCUCUCAUUCAGAGUAUAAUAUGACCCGUGCCUGGUCAUUGCACUAUGACUGUUUAUCGUUUUGGGCAUUAGGAAGGGCUGUCCUGUCUGUUGUGCUGCUAGUCAAGUUUCCCUACCUGCGAGCCCGUGAACUGGACUUUGUAAUGUGUUGAAUGAUCCUAAAUCUUGGAGCUUGGAAGGCUGCCAGUUAUUCAACUCCAAAUGUUUAUACACCUAUGGAAAAUAUCUGCUUUAAUAAAAACAGAAGUGAAGAUUAAAGAUUGGGAACCCAUCUUAAUCCAUCGA